AUGGCUUCCAAAUCAAAUAACAUGGACACAAAUAAAUUGACUGUAGAGACCGGAGAUUCUUUUUCUAGUCUACUUGAAUUUGCUGCCAACAAUGAUGUCGUGGAAUUCAAGAGAUCCAUUGAGCUUAAUUUGUCUGCGGUUGACGAGGUUGGUAUUUGGUACCUUCGCAAGAAGGGUUCAAAGCAGAUAACGCCUGAGGAAAGAACUCCCUUGAUGGUUGCUGCUACCUAUGGUAGUGUUGAUGUAUUGAAACUGAUGGUUGCUCUGCCGGAGGUUGAUUUGAAUAGAAUAUGUGGCAAAGACAAGUGUACUGCCCUCCAUUGUGCUGCCUCUGGUGGCUCUAUUCGCGUCUUUGACACCGUCAAGCUGCUAUUAUCGGCUGGUGCUGACCCAAAUAUUGAAGAUGCCAACGGCCAGCGCCCAGUUGAUGUGAUUGUUGUUCCUCCAAAACUUCUGGGUGUUAGAGCUGCUCUCGAAGAAUUGCUUGUGUACAAUGCUUCUGAUGGAUCAUUAGGCGAGUACAAUUUAAGGGUGUCUGUAUCCGACUCCAAUGCUUCUUCGUCGGUUCUAUCUUCUUCAGAAAGUGGGUCGCCAGGUUCACCUUUGGAUUCAGCAUCUUCUCCUAUGGCUUCUAAGUUGAGUGACGGGCCUGCUAAAUUUACAUCGGAGAAAAAGCAAUACCCGGUGGAUCCAUCUCUUCCAGAUAUCAAGAAUAGUAUUUUCUCAACCGAUGAGUUUCGGAUGUUUUCAUUCAAGGUCAGGCCUUGUUCAAGGGCCUACUCUCAUGAUUGGACUGAGUGUCCAUUUGUUCACCCUGGAGAGAAUGCUCGCAGAAGAGACCCACGGAAGUAUCAUUACAGCUGUGUACCUUGUCCUGAUUUUCGUAAGGGUGCCUGUAGGCGAGGGGAUAUGUGCGAGUAUGCUCAUGGUGUGUUUGAGUGCUGGCUACACCCAGCUCAGUAUCGGACAAGACUGUGCAAGGAUGGCACUAGCUGUGCCAGACAAGUAUGUUUCUUUGCACACACCCCGGAGGAGCUUCGACCCCUCUAUGUUUCAACUGGAUCUGGCGUUCCUUCACCAAGGUCAGCUGCCUCUGCAGCUAGUGUCAUGGACAUGGCUGCAGCAUUGAGCCUCUUGCCUGGGUCACCUUCUUCACACAGUGUCAUGUCUCCUGCAUACUACCAGCCCAUGUCCCCGACUGCAAAUGGGAUGUCGCGUUCAUCUGCAGCAUGGCCUCAACCGAACGUCCCAACCCUUCAUCUCCCUGCUAGCAACUUCCAAUCCAGUCGUCUCAGAUCUUCCCUUAGUGCUCGAGACAUUCUACCUGAGGAUUUGAACAUGUUGCAGGAUUUUAAUGCUCAGCAACUUGUAAUGAAUGACUUGGCUUGUUUUUCACACCCACAUCCUAAUUCUGCUACUUUGAAUCGUUCUGGUCGGUCCAAGACACUAACUCCAUCCAAUCUUGAAGAGCUUUUUUCUGCGGAGAUGACCUCGUCACCUAGAUAUUCUGAUCAGGCAGCGUCUUCUGGUGUUUUUUCUCCUGCCCACAAAUCUGCUGUUCUCAAUCAGUUUCAGCAGCAACAGCAGAACAUGCUUUCACCGAUCAAUACUAACAUAUUUUCCCCUAGAAAUGUUGAACACUCUUUGUUGCAUGCUUCCUGCGGUGUCUCAUCUCCAAGGAUGUCUUCACCAAGAAGUGUGGAACUCUCAUCCCCAAUGAGUGCCUGUUAUUCAACCCUUGCACAACGCGAGAAGCAGCAGCAACAGCUGCGUAGCCUCAGUUCUCGGGAUCUUGGAUCCAACCGCUCCUCAAUUGUUGGAUCUCCCGUGAAUUCGUGGACCACCACCAAGUGGGGAGCCCCCAACGGUAAAGUUGAUUGGUCUGUUAAUGGAGCCAAUCUUGCUCAUGUAAAGCAAUCAACCUCCGUUGAACCUGAUAAUGAGGAUGAGGAGCCCGAUCUGUCGUGGGUACAAUCUCUUGUCAAAGAAUCACCACCUGAGAUGAUGGACAAGUAUGCAGCUCCCAUUUCUGGUGCUGAGCCAUCCGGUGAGGGUUCAAAAUCGAGUUCUCAAAUUGAUUCUUCUAUUGAUCAGUCAGUUUUAGGAGCUUGGCUCGAGCAGAUGCAACUUGAUCAGCUCGCAGUCUAG